UUUGUUUUGUAAAUCGGAUUCAAUUGUCACUCAAUUAUUGUUAGCAUUAAUAUGUGUUUCAAAUAACAAUUCAAACAUAUUUUAUAUCAAAUAAAACGUUAAAAUGCUUUCUCAAUUCAUUCACCAUUUGUUUAAACAUUUUUUAAUGAAAUAGUUUUCAAAUAUUUAUGACAAAAAUGUCGAGACAUAGAGGAGUGAAGAAUUUGAAUUACAACGAGGAAUACGACGAGUAUUACAACACUUAUGGCCAGUCCUUAGAGGAAGACAUCUGUAUCUCACCGAACACUGAGCGUCAGUUUAUGUACAAUCGGUCACAAUCUUCGUCUCAAAGACAAAACAGCGAUUCGUCCGUCGAUUUGAUGAAUACGAGUACCGCUGAAGAGGACGACGACGAAGAAGAUCUCGAUUUCUAUAAGAAUGUUUCAGAUAUGGAUCAAUUAGAAAGAGCCAAACUGAUAUCGUGUGUGGAAGAGAUGGAGAAUGUGGUCGGAGAGACAAUACCUCAGAGUUUGCUCAUAAGAGCGGCAAAGAUGCAUAAUUAUGACAUCAAAUUGGCAUUGGAUUCAGUUCUUAACGUUCACACCAAUAGUUUGCAGAGUCAGACAAAUGGGGCCAUCAAUACAGACAUCAAUACAGGUAAGCGAUUGGAAAGUGUGAGCGAAAGGCAAUCUAUGAAUUCGGUCGCAAACAAUAGCGACUUUAAGCAAAUAUAUAGCACUGAAAAGUCAAAGAGUAGUUCUCCUCUAUUUGUAAAAAUGCGUGACUCAUGUGAUGCAGAAGUGGCCAAAAUUAAUAAAACAUUGGGACAAUUGACUGUUAAUAAAAGUGAACCCAAUCUUAAAGCACUUUCGAGUCCUGUUCGCAAAGAUUUAGACAAAUCGCGAUUAGACAGCAAUUAUCAUCAGUACUCGAGUCCAAACUCUCCCAUCUCUAGCAGAACCGGAUCCAGAAUGUCGUCACCGAAUCACGAGAGGGCCUCCGAAAGCAAGGCAUCAAAACCCCUACAAACGAAGGCAUUGACUCCGGAGGUAGCGUUGAGUGAAUACAAUAAGAAUCGAAAUACAGGGAAACCGAAUAUCAAUAUGGUUGUGAUCGGACACGUGGACGCCGGCAAAAGCACUCUUAUGGGACAUCUGUUAUAUCGUUUGGGUUUUGUCUCACAAAAAGCGAUUCAUAGAUACGAAACUGAUUCGAAAAAAAUGGGCAAAAAUUCGUUUCUUUACGCCUGGGUUUUGGAUGAGACACAAGAAGAGAGGAGUCGCGGCAUUACUAUGGAUAUCGCAGAGUCUCGCUUUGAAACCAAAGAGCGUGCCGUCACUUUGCUCGACGCUCCCGGACAUAAGGACUUUAUCCCUAAUAUGAUAACCGGUGCCACUCAGGCAGACGUCGCUCUACUUGUGGUCGACGCCACUAAAGGCGAAUUUGAAACCGGCUUUGAUUUGGGCGGACAGACCCGCGAACACACCUUUUUGAUCAGAUCUUUAGGCAUCUCUCAGUUAGGAGUUGUGAUCAAUAAACUAGAAAACGUCGAUUGGAGUCAACAACGCUAUCAGGAAAUUGUUGACAAAUUAAGUGUUUUUCUAAAAACGGUUGGCUUUAAAGAGCAGGACGUGAGUUAUGUUCCCUGCAGUGGACUUACGGGAGAGAAUCUGCACGAAAGGUCCAAAAUUCAAGCCUUAUGUUCGUGGUAUUCCGGCCCAUCUCUCGUCCAAAUUAUUGAUAACUUCAAACCGCCAGACCGUCCCAUUUCAAAGCCAUUUCGUUUAUGUCUUAGCGAUAUAUUCAAAGGCGUCAUUUCAGGCGUUUGUGUUAGCGGUCGUGUAGAGGCCGGUGCCGUCACUGUUGGCCAAAAGGUGGUCAUUUUGCCCGCGGGAGAGCAGUGUGUCGUUAAGUCCAUAUCCAUUGACGACGCGACUGUUCCGACCGCUUUUGUCGGCGAUCACGUGGUUCUUAUACUAUUGGGUUGUGAUGUAACUAAGAUGUCAGUGGGAAAUAUGAUGUGCGAUGCGUCCAACCCUUCGCCCGUCACCACCAAAUUUGAAGCCAGAAUUGUUUUAUUUAAUAGCAUUGAGAUUCCAAUCACUCGAGGCUUUCAAGUAAUCUUUCAUUACCAGAGCCUCAGUGAACAGGCAGUGGUGCGUAAACUGAUAUCUCAGAUACAUAAGGGCACGGGUCAGGUAAUCAAAAGCAAACCCCGCUGCUUGUUGGCCAGUAUGUGCGGUGUCGUCGAGAUUGAAGUUCAGAGACCCGUUUGCGUUGAACUCCAUAAAGACUAUAAAGAUUUGGGACGUUUUAUGAUUAGGACAUCCGGAGUGACCAUUGCUGCCGGUGUUAUCACUAAAAUUUUGUGAUAAUUGUCUUCCAUUUGUAAAAAUUCAAAUGAGUUAUAAGAAUAAAUUGAAUAAUAAAAUGAUUUUAUUUAAUGUAAAUUUGAAAUUAUUCACGAAAGUAUUCAUUUAAACUUUAAAUUUUAUAGCACUAAAU